CUCAAUUGUAUAGGAACCUUCCCUUUACAUUACAUAACCCACAGAUUCCCACUCUCUUUCACUCACCCCAACAACACUUUCAGAUCCAUAUUUUAUGUUGUUCUAAUCGGUAGCCCCUUUCUCUCAAAUUCACUCACCAAUAUUCGAAUUUGUUAUGUAAAUCUCUGAUUCAACAAUCAUGUAAGGCUCCAUCAUGAAUCACAUCCUCUUCAAUUCAACAACAAUGGGGAAAAGAAUUCCAAUUAGGGCUUGGUUAGGGUUUCAAAGCUCAAUAGUAUUACUCGUGGGUGGAAAUCACACAUCCUCCAGGUUUUGCACUCGCUAGAUCUUUAAUUUCAUCUUCCUGUUAUUCAAUUUCAUUUUCACUCUUGAAUUUCUAGAGUUUUAAGCGUAUUUUGUUUCACAAAAUUUGGGGAUUUUUGCCCUAAAAUGGAUUUCAAAGCCCUAAAAUGGCACAUCGUUCGUGGCUCGCUGACGUGGCGAUUGAUCCUCCGAACUAUGUUCUUCGUGUUGGCUAUACUUGUCCUCUCGUUCACUCGUAUCGCUAACGAGAUCCGUACAACUGAUCCGAUGUUGUUGAAUUUCGAUAAGUGUUCGAUAAAAAUGUCGUUGAAUAUCGGAUCGGUUUCGUGUGUGAAUCGCGAUAAUUUCACUGUUAGUGUGAUCAGAGAGGUGAUGAAUCAUGAGAUGUUAUCAUUAGAUGCAAGUACAUUGUGUGUCGGUGAGGGAUCGGAGUCGAUUGUAUCGACAUUGAGAGAAUUCGGAUUCUCUAACGCGUUCGUUGUUCAUCGGAACCCGAUAUUAUCGCUUUGGAACAAGCCGUUUGAACACAAACUUGACUUUGAGUCGAAUUCGUUCGACUUUGUGUUCUCUAGAACUUUCGAUAGGGCAUCGGUUCCGGCCCUUGUUGUGUUAGAGAUUGAACGCGUAUUGAGACCGGGUGGUGUUGGCGCGAUCCUUGUAGGUCCCACGAAUUUCCAUACGCGUAGCUUGGUAAGAUCCGCAACACCUGUCUCAUUGUUGUUAAGAAGUUCAGAGAUUAUUCAUGUUUGUGGGAUCAGUUCGUUUACGUUAAUCGUGUUUAAGAAGCAGUUGGAGAGCGUAGCAUUGUUUGAUAACUAUAAGCUUCCGAAUGACUGCCCGGCUGUAUCGAAAAACAAGCCGUUUAUGCAGUAUCUCGAGCCGGUUGUAGAGCAUAAGUCGACGCAGUCUCGUAAUCUUUCGUAUUUGCCGAAGUUUACGAAUAUCGCAACGAGAAACAGGUUGAUUUAUAUCAACAUGGGAGCGGGAGAGUUUGAUGUUGAUUAUCCUAUCCAUCCUGAUGCGUUUAACGUUUAUGUGGUUGAUCACAACGUGUCUGCGCUCACUUCGCACGUUAACAAGGCGGGUGUCACUUUCGUUUAUCAUCCGGGGCUUGUUGAAGAUGAUAAAACGGAGUCCAGUCUCAUGUCGGUUGAUUAUCUUGAAGCUCCAUUGCAUGAAGAACAGUUUGAGUUUAUCGAUUGGUUUAAAGAAACCGUAAAAGAUGGAGACUUUGUGGUUCUUAUGAUGAACGCUGGAGUUACUCAGUUGAAGGUUCUGAAUGAGUUGUUUGCGAGUGGAGCGAUAUGUCAUGUUGAUGAGCUUUUUCUUAGGUGUUCGGAUGGUGUUGAUUGUCGAACGAGUUACUGCAGGGACUGCGUGAGUCUCUUUAAUGGUCUUCGAAAUGCUGGUGUGUUUGUGCACCAAUGGUUUGGGGAGUGAACCCGACCCGUUUGCUUUGAUAGCUAUGUUAUCUGUUGUUGAGAAUAAUUCGAGGUUAAUAAGCCGUAUGACGGUAUGAACUAUGAAGUAUGAACCUCGUGUUUGUGUUUGUUUAUGUUGUUUCUUCAUGCCAAGAGGACAUGAUUGUGUUUAAGUUGUAAUGUUUUUGUCUAAAUGUUAUGUGUGUUUGUUUUAGUGUC